UGUAUGGCUUGCAUUAAAGCCCAAAUACAUAGCCAAUAAAUUUCCACCUGUUUUAUAUUUCUCCGGCUUUGGAAAGUAGAAACCGGCGCCUGCACUUUAGUAACCUCUCCUCGUUCGAAAGAAGAGAACAGGCACAAACAACUGCAAACACUGGCAUGGAGUUGGCAGACAGAGCAGUAGGGUUUUUGUUAUCUUUAACCAGUAUAUCUAUCUUCACUUAUUAUACUUUCUGGGUUAUCAUUUUGCCAUUUGUAGACAGUGAUCACUUUGUCCACCAGUAUUUCCUUCCACAAGAAUACGCCAUACUUGUACCUGUAUUUGCUGGCAUGGUGCUUCUCUGCUUCUUAUGCGUGUUUGUUGGAUUUGUGAUGCUUAAAUCCAAAAAGAAGAAAGCAUAAUGCAACCACGAUUACCAUUUUGCAUAUUCUAAUACAUUUUACACUCACAAACCUUACCUUCUCUCGUUGAUAGAUUUGCAACCCAGAGUGUUUUUCUUGUGAGAUUAGAGCAAUUAUAACAUUAUUGUGGCAUUAGAUUUCUUGCUUGCAAUGACUGAUUCUUCCUUAUUGACUAUCAUUGCAUCGUUGACACAUGAGCAGUUUAAGAAUAUGGCUCAAUUAUCAAGUUUCUUGUGACAUGUAGAAUAUUAAGCCAGAACAUCCAGUUCUGAACUGAGUUUGUUCAUUUUACUCUCUCUUUCAGUUCUUUAUCGCUUCGAGUCUAUAAAGAGCAUGCCUCCUCUUUUUUA